UAUAUUACUAAAUACUCUCUUAUAACUUAUCUUCUUUCUGUGUGUGUUUGCGUGUGUUUUAUCAAACCCUAAAAAUGGGAAGAACAAUUAAUGGAGGAUAUGAAAAAGUUGAGUUGAAGAAAGGGCCAUGGACUCUAGAAGAAGACCAGAAGCUUCUUGCUUACGUUGAAGAACAUGGCCAUGGCAGCUGGCGAGCCCUACCUGCAAAAGCAGGGCUUCAAAGGUGUGGCAAAAGUUGCAGGCUGAGAUGGACUAAUUACCUGAGACCCGAUAUUAAGCGUGGCAAGUUCACCUCUCAGGAGGAAAAAGAUAUCAUGCGACUUCAUGCUCUUUUAGGCAACAGGUACUGUUAAACCUCUUUAAAUUAAUACAGUCCAUCACUAACAAAAUUCUAUUUUAAUUUAGUACAAUUUUACCAAGUUGGGACCACAAGAAAUUAUUACUAAGCGAGGU